AGGUUCAAGUCACUUCAUUUAAAUUUAAAUGUCUGCAACAGAGGAACUCAGUGAUCUUACAGGAAAGGAGGUCAUGAUCGUUCCGACGGCAUUGGGGAGCCCAAACAAUCGAAAGUCCUCUCACCUUGUGAGGUCUCCGCUCCAGUCGACAGGUUGGCAGGUGGUGACAACGGGACACAGGCGAGCAAAAUGGCAGCCCGCGGCAUUGAGAUGACUCCCGUGUCGCCAGGUGUAUGAUAGGAGGCAAGUGAUCAUGGAGCAAGCAAGGCAGCUCCUGUCGCUCCUCUCCUCUCAACGUGCGGGGUAUCGAGAUCAGCUGCAAGACACAUUUGUGGAGGAGAACGCACAUCGCAUGAGGCUCGACUUGUCGCAGCUUGUAGGCCGGAACCCGCCAUGUCGACCUGCCGCUCACGUGCGCUUGCCAGAUGCAAAGUGACAGACUCCCAGCCCAACCUGCAAGUUCCUCGCAACCAGCGAAGCGCGACGCCCAACCAUCGUAAGCGAUUCACCGCUCCAAUAACUCUGACAUGUCGAUGUUUAAGGCCUUCGAAGGCUCGCGAUCAGACCUGGUGAGUUGCUCUAUGGGUGGGGGUGGAUUCUUGCCAAUCGCUUGAUGCUUCAGGAGGGACGAGGGCGGGAUACAGUAUUACUCCAACACCAUCCGUCAGAUCAAGGAGAGGAUAUCGAAGCAAGGCAGUCAGAUUGUAGAUGAAGGUCUAAACAACCAGGUGUUAAUCUAAAACGUCAAUAAUGGGCAACUCUCUUGCGACUGAUCGCAUCACUAUAUCUCUUUAGCAAUGUGCCUUCUUCCUUUCAUCUCCUUUGCCUGCCGU